AUGAGGGGUCUGGGACAAUGGUCGUCUGAGGUUGAUGGACCGGCUGACCGAGUCGUUGCCUUAGCUGGUGAAGACGUCAUUCUACCAUGUUCCCUGAAACUCAGUGUCAGUGCUGAGGACAUGACAGUACGGUGGACAAGAUCGAACCAGACAACAACAGAAAACGUCCAUCUUUACAAGGACAGUCGAGACUCCUAUGAGGACCAGUCUACAUCCUACAGGGGAAGGACAUUAAUGUUUAAUGAAGAACUGAAGAAAGGCAACGUCUCCUUAAAGCUGAACAGAGUUACUCUCUCUGAUGCUGGAAACAACACCUGCUUCAUUCCAACACCGAUGCAGGAAACCACCGUUCAACUCUUUGUUGGUGCUGUGUCUCAGCCAGUGAUCUCUAUUAAUGGAACUAAAGGCUGGGGGGUGGUCCUGAAGUGUGAGUCUGGGGGCUGGUUUCCUGAACCUGAGAUGGAGUGGCUGGACAGUUCUGGAACCAUCCUCCCUGCUGAUGGACCUCAAGAGAGACACAGGGACUCAGAGGGCCUCUACGCUGUGAGACAACAUGUCACCGUGUACAAGACUGACACCAACAAGUUCACAUGUAGAGUUAAUCAGACGAAGAUCAACCACCUGAAGGAGACAGAGAUUCAUGUCCCAGAUGACGUGUUUCCUAUAUUACCCUACUGGUGGAUUGUUUGUCUAAUAGCAGCAGCAGCUGUUGUAGGAGUUUUUGCAGGUUCAGCUGGUGUCUACUGGUGGAGAAAAUGUACAGAGAUGAAGAUGAGAAAAAUACCAGAAAAAGUGUUAGAGGUCUGAGAAGAUUGAUUCCUGAAAACACCUUCCCAAAAGUCAAGAAGAAGUCGACUUGGAAGGAUGAUCUGGAGAGGGGAGGAGCUAGAGAGGGAGAGUUACUAUAGAGAUACAGCUGAGUUUGAGUAUAUAACUGAGUGUUAUGAAUCUUGGUAAGACAAAGUAAUCUGAUAAACGUGUUAGUCAUUACUCUAUAAUCCACUUUCAGUAGUUAGUUCUUUACUUUUUGAAGUUUUACUAACCAUGUUUGUAUUAUGGGUUUAUAUCCAUUUCCUGGUUAUUCUAUAUAUGUUUUCCCCAUAAACAAUGUCUUUCUAAUCCCCCUCAGGAAUUGAUAGAGUUUAAUUGAAUGGAAUGAUGGACUAAGGUCUCCUGUUAGAAUCUGUUACAGACUCUCUUAUGUCCAGUACCUGAUAAUCAGGUAUAUCAACCAGACCACAGGACUAAGGUCUCCUGUUAGAAUCUGUUACAGACUCUCUUAUGUCCAGUACCUGAGAAUCAGGUAUAUCAACCAGACCACAGGACUAAGGUCUCCUGUUAGAAUCUGUUACAGACUCUCUUGUGUCCAGUAACUGAUAAUCACAGGUAUAUCAACAAGACCACAGGACUAAGGUCUCCUGUUAGAAUCUGUUACAGACUCUUAUGUC